AUGGAGAACGUAAGGAAGCACAAAAAUGACAGAUUAAUGACAAAGUGGGCGGAAAGAUGGGGUGCAAAAGCUCUAAUCGUCAAACCAAACUUUCACAGCAGCACCACAUUUAGUGAGGACAUGGUGAUCAUUGAAAUGAGUAAACCCAAAAUUAAAUUCAUUAAGCCUAUCUAUAUAGGCUUCAUACUUCUAGACAUAUCAAAGAUAAUGUUUUUCGACUUUUAUUAUAAUAACUCGAAGUACACAUUCAGUGAAAAGACAAAAUUACUCUACACUGACACAGACACCUUGAUUUACCACACUACAAAACCAAACUUUUAUGAGUAUGUUAAAAAAGAUUCCGAUAAAUUUUACAUCUCAUACUAUCCGCCAAAUAAUGUAUACGAAAUUGAAUUACUAAACAAAAAAGUCUUGGAACUCAUGAAGCACGAAUGCAACGGGAAAAUUGUAACUGAAUUUGUGGGACUAAGGUCAAAAUUGUAUUCUUACAAAGUUUUGGGUGAAGAAGGGAAGAAAAAGAAAGCUAAAUGUAUCAAAGCAUCUACAUUAAAAACAAUUACGUUUCAGGACUAUAGGCAAUCUUUGCUACAUUAUCAAACUCUCACUCGACCUCAACGCUUAAUUCAAAGCCAAAAACAUAAAGUUCACUCGAUUGAGCAAAACAAGAUCGGCCUCAGCUGGCCAGAUGAUGUUGAUAAAAGCUAA